UAUAUAUUAAUAGAGAACUUACAAAAUAUCCCAAUGUUUAUAUAUUUUGUUCUUCUUUCUUCUUCCCAUUUCUUCACACACAUACCAGUGUAUUCAUGGCAAACUUCGUUUCUUCAAUCCCUAAACGGUUGGAGGGGAAGGUGGCAAUCGUGACAGGCGGAGCUAGCGGCAUAGGCGCCAGCACGGCGGCGCUCUUCCACCUGCAUGGUGCAAGAGUCGUCAUCGCCGACAUCCAAGAUGACCUAGGCCGAGCCCUGGCCCACAAACUAGGAAACGACGCCAUCUACACCCACUGUGACGUCACAGACGAGGAUCAAAUCACCCACCUGGUCGACUCGGCCGUGGCCGAACUCGGCCACCUGGACAUCAUGUACAGCAACGCCGGCGUAAUCAACGGCGACGAUUUCCAGAGCAUCCUGGACGCCGACAAGGAAAAAAUCGAGCGGAUCCUCCGUGUCAACCUGGUCGGCGGCUUGCUGGUGGCCAAACACGCCGCCAGGGUGAUGGUGCCGAACAGAAAGGGAUGCAUACUCUUCACGGCGAGCGCGUGCACGGAGGUCGCCGGGAUCGCGCCGUACUCGUACACGGCGUCGAAGUUCGGGAUAGUGGGGCUGACGAAGGGGCUGGCGGUGGAGAUGGGGUUGCAUGGGAUUAGGGUGAACUGUGUGUCGCCGUUCGGCGUGCUGACCGGUUCCGCCGCGCACGACGGAAAGACGGCGGACAUGUUUGAGAAGAUGAUGGGACACGUGGGGAAUCUGAAGGGGAAGAUUCUCACGGCGGAGGAUGUGGCCAAGGCGGCGCUGUAUUUGGCCAGUGACGAGGCGGCGUACGUUAGCGGGGUGAACUUUGUUGUGGACGGAGGGUAUAGUGUGGUUAAUCCCACUCUUUCCAAUGUACGUAAUGCACCUCGUUAAUUAAUUAAUUAAAUUGUGUUGUUAAUUAAUCACAUUUGUGAUCUGCUCCUAUUGGAUAUUUGGAUGUACUAUAAGAAAUAAUACGAACUUUAAAUAAAAAUUCGGUCUUGGUUAAUAUAUAUCUUGAUAAA